AUGGGCCUGGUCACCAACUUCCACUGCUGCCUCUUCCUCGCCUGCUUCGUGCUGGUGCUGACCCAAAGCUCCAUCUUCAGCCUGCUGGCCGUGGCCAUGGACCGCUACCUGCCCCUCCGCCUCCCGCUCAGAUACAAGGGCGUGGUCACAGGGAAGCGGGCGAGAUGGCUCAUCGCCGUGCUCUGGGUCCUGUCCUUUGGGAUCGGCCUCACCCCGCUGAUGGGCUGGAACAUGGCCAGCAUCAAAUGCACCAAUUCCACCACGGGGACGAGCCAGCCGAGCUGCCCGAUCACGUGCCUCUUCGAGAACGUGGUCACCAUGAGCUACAUGGUCUACUUCAACUUCUUCGGCUGCGUGCUCCUCCCCCUGGCCAUCAUGCUGGGCAUCUACGUCAAGAUCUUCACAGUGGCCUGCAAGCAGCUGCGGAAGAUGGAGCUGAUGGGGAAGUCCCGGACCACCCUCCAGAGGGAGGUCAACGCGGCCAAGUCUCUGGCCAUCAUCGCCGCCGGCAGCUCGCAGUACCCGCAAGCCCGGCCAACCGCUGCAGUCGCCAAGGCCGUGCGCUAG